GGAAACGGGACACAGUGGGCGUGUCUCUUUUUCACAGGGAGCGGUCCACUAAAUUCAAACAGCCACAAGAAACAAAGCAAGGGAUAGUCCGAUCUUAUCAAACUAUACGGUGUGAAAAACAACGUCAAUUUUCAUCUCUCGAAGAUCUCAUUAUGACGUCCACGAUUGUGAGCGGGGUCUGGAGGUCACAUGCAGUCUUUAAUGACUCAGAACCUGACAGCUCGCCCGAAGCGGCGAAGCAGUUUAAGAAGAUGCGCUCCUCCAACUCGCUGAACUCACUGCGAAUGUCUCUGCGCAAGCGGCUGCCCUUAAAACCAGUGCAAUCCAACGUGAGCAUCUCUGAGACCCCCACAUGGGAGUCACUACAGAUGAACCAAAAGACUAGUACUGUCCACAAAAUGACCCGCCGUGCCAAAAACUCCAUUGGUAGCGUCUAUCAGAGGUUUCAAAGAAGCAGACAGUCACGUCUGGAGUGUCUGGUCAUGACACCUGGUAGAACAUCAGAUGGUGAGGAAUGUGAUUGCACUGGGACAUCACAAACCCCGAAACGAUCUGCUGCUUGUACUACCAUCACCCCCAGGCGAACUCCAAGGUCAACCAACAAACGGACUACUCGAGGUGCCUACACCCCAGGAGCCAGUGACUCUGCUGUUAGGACUGUGAAGACCAUGGGCACAAGAAGGCAACUGGUGCGAAUGGCUGCACUCAGAAGCCCUUAUGCAUCACCCAACACAGUGAACAGCAGGAGGCAGUUUGAUGAGGAUCUGGAUUGUGUAUCCAAAGGCCUCCGGAGGCUAAAGCGUCUUUCUCAAGCCUUUGAUGAUGCGAUUGGGAAAGAUGAUCGGGUCCAGGCCUUGGAGCACUACAAAGUGGUCAUGAACAUGGGCUAUAGCUCCACUAUGAGAAACCUUUCCAGAGGACUGAGAAGGGCUUCUAUCCGAAAACAGACCCAGCACAUCCAAGCAGACUGUCAGAUGCUGGACUGAUGUGGCCUUGUCAAACCUCUUAAGAGGCAUCUGUUUUCAUUAUGCUAACGUGUGUUUGUAUGUAUGUUGACGUGUGUUUCUCGAUAUAUGCCAGAAGAGGCCUUGUCCAGUAUUUUUUUUUUGUUUGUUUUUCUUCCUUUUUAAGGUACAGGGCAACUAAGUAUACUGUAUCACUAUUUGGGAAUAUUUUGCAUUUUAAUUUUGAGAUGUGCAUUUUAGUUAAUGCACAUUUAUGCCUCAAUGUGUUUAAUGUAAUGAAGCAGUUCUCUUGUAAAAAAAAGAAAAAAACACCAAAAGAUGUGAAGACCAAAGCAUAUACAUGCAUGGAGAGGUCAAGGACUUAGAGUUUUUAUUUUUUUAAUAUCCAUCCAACACUACACUGACAUAGAUACUGACUGUGGUAUAUGUUACUAAUAUUAUUAUGCUUAUUAACUAUCUAACCUAUUUAGUUGAAGUUUAUUAGCAGUAUUUUACUACUUUGGUACUUUAUGGAGUUUACUGUAAACUGUAUUUACUCUUAUUUGUGUUAAGGGAGAACUAAAUGCUGAGUAUGCCAUAUUUUCACAAAUUCACCAUUUAAAUAUUAAGACACUAUAGUCAUCAAUUGUACUUAUAGUAUAGUGUGAUCCAUAUGUGAACAUUACCAAAUGUGAGAGUUUGUCUAAAAAACUGUCAUAUGCAUUUGAGCUUGUUUCAAACUUACAAUGUUUACAUGUAUUGCUUUGCAUCAUGCAUGUGAAUUGUUUAGAAAAGGACAAAAACAGCGGAAUUGUUUGCUUUUUUUAUACUUAAUAAAAAUAUUGAAUUUUGUUUACA